AUGGGCCGUGCGGCGUUUGAAGCCAUUGCUGUGAUGGUGAAUCAGAUCCACAAGAGCCUGGAGAGCAGCCAAGAUCAGCAUGGCCACAACCAUCUGUUGGCCUCUUACAUCUUCUACGUUUUCCGUCUGCCUGUGAUGGAGCCAGAGUCCGGAGUGCCACCACACAGUGGUGCCCUCCAAUAUGCUACCUUGUCCCGGGCAACUGGGCGCCCUGUCAGCCUUAACCUCUCCCAUUCCAAAAGUAUCAGCAACAGCAAUCCUGACUUGACCACCACACCAACUUCCCCCGAUGAAGAGGUUCAGAAGAUUAUCGGCAGCAAGGGGAUCGACCGCUCUCACUCUUGGGUCAACUCUGCCUAUGCCCCCGGAGGCCCCAAGUCCGUGUUUCGCAGGAACCAUCCGAACUCCAGCACGGACCUGAAGCAGGCUGCAGAGUGUGCACCUAAUCGUAUCUCCUCCUAUCUCGAGGGCUCCACUUUUGUGCCGGCAGCUCCGAUGAGACCAGCCACCAAAAAGCUACUUCAUGAAGAACUGAUCCUCCAGUGGGUGGUGAGCACCAGUUCUGUGCGGGAAGCUGCUUUGCAUCAAUCCUGGUUCUUCUUCCAGCUGAUGGUAUGUUCAGACUGCCAGUCUUUAGCGUCAGAAACAUUGGAUUCUCUUCACUUGUGUUUUUUUCCCCUACUUCUCCAGAUCAAUAACUGGCUAUUGACCACACAAAACCCCAAUGCCCUCAUUGCGCUCAGGAUGGACUUGAUCCGUAUCGUCUGCAGCCAUGAACAUUAUGUCACCCUAAAUCUUCCCUGCAGUGGCCUCUCCCCUCCUGCUUCCCCUUCUCCCUCCGUCUCAUCAGCAACGUCCCAGAGUUCAGCAUUCUCCAGCCACACACAGGACCAGCGCGUGGCCAACAUGUUUGAGCUCUCUACAGCUUUUCGCCAACAGCACUUCCUGGCAGGCUUGGUGUUGAUGGAGCUGGCACUCAUCCUGGAACCUGAUGCGGAGGGGGCCUUCUUCCUCCACAAGAAAGCCAUCUGCACUCUGCACAACCUGCUGUGCAGCCACGACUCUGAUUCCCGCUACAGGGACCCUGCGGUGCGAGCCCAAGUGGCUCAGCUCUAUUUGCCCCUGAUUGGCAUCAUCAUGGAUGCCCUACCGCAGCUCUAUGACUUCACAGAGAACCAUCUCCAGAGAGGGCGUCUUGCUUCUGUGAUGGUUGAGGAUGGAGAUGGAGAUGGCAGCACCAUUAGCCAGUCAGUUGCCAUGGCCAUUGCGGGCUCUCCUUUGCCCCAUACCCAUCGGUCUACGGUCUUCCAAAUGCCAUCAGUGCCUCUCCGCCAGCACAGCAUGUUGUCUGCUGAGGCAAGUCGCAACCUGCUGGUGUGUCUUCUGUGGGUACUGAAGAAUGCGGAUGGGGCUCUGCUGCAUCGCUGGCUGGCUGACCUCUCGGCUUUCCAUGUGAACCGUCUCCUUGACUUACUCUACCUCUGCGUCUCCUGCUUUGAGUACAAGGGCAAAAAGGCCUUUGAACGCAUCAAUAGCCUGACCUUCAAGAAAUCUCUGGACAUGAAGGCGCGACUGGAGGAAGCCAUCUUGGGCACUAUUGGGGCACGUCAAGAAAUGGUUCGACGCAGCCGAGCAGAGCGUGGUCCCUUUGCAAACCAAGAAAAUGUUCGCUGGAGGAAGAAUAUUGCCCACUGGAGACAGAAUUCGGACAAGGUGGACAAGUGCGUUUGUGGGCAUUUCUGGCAUAUCUGCACAUUGUUUCCCGAAAUGCUUUUUGAAGAAGACACCGAACUGUGUGCUGAUCUGUGCCUGCGUCUCCUGCGCCACUGUAGUAGCCGAGUAGCCAUCAUUCGCACCCAUGCCAGCACCUCCCUCUACCUUCUCAUGAGGCAGAACUUCGAGAUUGGCAACAACUUUGCCCGGGUGAAGAUGCAAGUCACCAUGUCUCUCUCCUCGCUUGUGGGAACAUCUCAAACCUUCAAUGAGGAGCACUUGAGGCGCUCACUGAAGACCAUCCUCACCUACGCUGAAGAAGACCCAGAGUUGCGAGAGACAACCUUUGCUGAGCAGGUAUUGUGCAGAACAGUGUCUGAAACCAAGGAGAGCGUCCUGGGUGGGGUGCUGAGGGUGCUCCUCCACAGCAUGGGCUGUACACCUAGUGCUGCCUUCUUGGAACACUGCUUUGCCACUCAGAGAGCACUAGUGAGCAAGUCCAAGAACAUAUCUUCCAACGUGCUAGAAGAGUCCGCUGUUUCAGAUGACAUAUUGUCCCCAGAUGAAGAGGGCAUCUGCUCUGGAAAAUACUUCACAGAACAAGGACUGGUGGGCUUGCUGGAGCAAGCAGCUUCUUCCUUUACUUUGGGUGGACUUUAUGAGGCUGUCAAUGAAACCUAUAAGAUCCUCAUUCCCAUCCACGAAGCCAGCCGGGACUUCAGGAAGUUGGCAGUUCUGCAUGGCAAACUGCAAGAUGCUUUUAGCAAGAUAACUAGCCAGAGAAUGUUUGGGACGUAUUUCCGGGUUGGUUUUUUUGGCAGCAAAUUUGGAGACUUGGAUGAACAAGAGUUUGUCUACAAAGAACCUUCUAUUACUAAAUUAGCCGAAAUUUCUCAUCGACUUGAGGUAAGAGCUAAGAUAUCCUCAAAUGAGAUAUAGAAGAAGCAAUUUAAUAAUGAUUGAAUAUGUAAGAGGCAACAGAGAUUGAAUUGUGAAUGGGAACACUGCAUUAAUUGUGUCACUUUAGAGCCUUUGCAUGCACAGCCUUGAUCACUUGGCUUGUAAGAACUUUCUGAAAAGAAAAUUCCAUUCUUUCAGAAACCUGUACAGAUAAUGUUUAAAGACAAAUCUGCUAAAUGUUGGAAAUAUCACCAGUUAUCUAGAUCUUACUAUCAUAUGUUCUGGACACGUGGAGAAGGAAAGAAGUAAUGGACUAAGAUAAAGAUAUGGUUGGAAAAGAUGAUAAAACAACAUAUUGAGUUAAAAACCAGAAAUAUUUCUGUUGGGGAUAUUACCUGAAACUUAUAAUAAAGAGACUACAUAUUUAAUUUUUCAUAUAUUAACCCCAGCUAGAAUUGUAUUUGCACAACAUUGGAAAGGUGAAGAGAUUCAUACUGAAGAGAAGGUGAUUAAGAAAAUAUUAGAAUGUGCAGAAAUGAAUAGACUAACAUAGGCAAUUAAGAAGAAAGAACAAUCUGAUUAUUAUAUGAUACGGGAGGUGUUUUACCAAUUGCUAGAGAACAAAAAAGAAAGAAAUUGGAAAUAAUAGAAGAGAAAAAGAAGAAGAGAAAAUGUAUUAAGGGAGAGAU